UAACUAUGGUAUCAAUACGAGCGCGCAUGCUCAGUACUGCCUUUGUGUGGCUGACUGCAGAGCCAACUAGCUAGGUAGCAGCAACGGCUAGCCUCAAACAUUUAGACGACACAGAGGUAGCUAGCAGGUUAGCAGUGCAGCUAAUCAUGGUGAAUGUAAAGAAGCGGAAAGGUCGGGUCGUGAUUGACUCUGACUCCGAAGACAGUGCUAGCGACGAUAAUUUAGAUCAGGAGCUCUUGUCUUUGGCAAAAAGGAAGAGGGUCGAUUCGGGUGAGCAGGAAGAGCCGGUUAGCAAACCUGCAGCUUCUACAGACUCUGAGACAUCCGAUAGUGAUGAUGAGUGGACUGUGGGUGGCACCAAAGGCAAAAAGAAGGUUAAGCAAGGUAAAGGGUCUGAAAAGAAGAACGCUACUAAGAAGAAGGUUAAUAAAGCAACGGCGUCUGGCAGCUCAGAUGGAGACAGCUCAGCUGAGAGCUCUGCACCAGAGGAGGGUGAGGUGUCUGAUUCAGAGAGCAACAGUUCGUCCUCCAGCUCCGACUCGGACUCCUCUGAGGACGAGGUGUUCAGGGACGGGUAUGACGACGACUUGAUGGGAGACGCGGAGGACAGAGCUCGGCUGGAGCAGAUGACAGAGAAGGAGCGAGAGCAAGAGCUGUUCAACAGGAUUGAGAAGCGAGAGGUGCUAAAGAGACGUUUUGAAAUUAAGAAGAAGCUGAAGACUGCAAAGAAGAAGGAGAAAGAGGAGAAGAAAAAGAAGCAGGAGGAAGAGCAAGAAAAAAGGAAGCUAUCUCAGGUUCCAGACACACAAGUGGUCAUGUCACACAACAAAGAGAGACGAUCCAAACGUGAUGAAAAACUUGACAAAAAGUCCCAGGCCAUGGAAGAACUCAAAGCUGAACGCGAGAAGAAGAAAAACAAAACAGCGGAGCUGCUGGCCAAACGCCAGCCCCUGAAGACGAGCGAGGUUUACUCUGAUGAUGAGGAGGAAGAGGAGGAAGACGAUGACAAGUCAUCAGUCAAAAGUGAUCGGAGUUCGCGAUCAUCGUCUUAUGAUGAUGACGAAAAAGAAGAAACUCCCCCGAAGUCGCAGCCUGUUUCUCUACCAGAUGAGCUCAACAGGGUCCGCCUGUCCAGACACAAGCUGGAGCGCUGGUGCCACAUGCCUUUCUUUGCUAAGACUGUGACUGGCUGCUUUGUGAGGAUAGGGAUUGGGAACAGUAGCAGUAAACCAGUUUAUAGGGUUGCUGAAAUUGUUGAUGUGGUGGAGACGGCGAAGGUUUACCAACUUGGAUCAACACGAACAAACAAAGGAUUACAAUUAAGGCAUGGAGGUGACACGCGGGUGUUCAGGCUCGAGUUUGUAUCGAAUCAGGAAUUUACUGAAAGCGAGUUUAUGAAGUGGAAAGAGGCGAUGAUGGUUGCUGGAAUGCAAGUACCAACUCUUGACGAAAUCACCAAAAAGGAGCAGUCCAUCAAAGAAGCUCUGAACUAUAAGUUCAACGACAAGGACAUAGAGGAUAUUGUUAAAGAGAAGGACAGAUUCCGAAAAGCGCCACCAAAUUAUGCCAUGAAGAAAACGCAGUUACUCAAAGAUAAGGCCAUGGCAGAAGAGAGUGGAGAUGGUGACAAAGCGAAAGUGAUCCAGGAUGAGCUGAAUGAGCUUGAGGAAAGGGCAGAAGCACUUGACAGACAGAGGACCAAGAACAUCUCUGCCAUCAGCUACAUCAAUCAGAGGAACAGAAGCUGGAACAUCGUUGAAUCUGAGAAAGCUCUUGUGGCUGAAGGACAAAAUGCCAAAAAUCAACAAAUGGACCCUUUCACAAGAAGACAGUGCAAACCCACCAUGGUGUCUAAUGCCAGAGACCCGUCAGUCCAUGCAGCUAUUCUUGCUCACCUGAACCAGAAGUACGGCUCUGGGUCAGCAGCAGAUCCUUCUAGCGCAGAGAAGAACCAACUGGGUCAAGUAAACCCAAAAGACAAAGAUGUCCCCAAGCCAACCACUGACCUCUCAGAAGACUUGUUUAAAGUUCACGAUUUUGAUGUUAAGAUUGACCUACAGGUUCCCAAUGCAGAGGCAAAGUCUCUGUCUGUAAGCUCCAACGCACUGCCAGUGAAGGACGGUGCCCCCCGCAGGUCCCUCAACCUGGAAGACUACAAGAAGAGGAGGGGGCUGAUCUGAUGUGGCCAGUCCAUCAUUCAGACACCACAUUGCAUGUGUAAUUGGCUGUGCAGAAGAGAGUAUGUGUGAGUGAGUGAGUGAGAGUGUGUGUGUGUGUGUGUGUGUGUGUGUGAGAGAGAGAGACUCCCAGAGGAUGUGUGUUUGACUGUUGAUACAACGGACCGUUUAUCCAAACACAGAGGAAAUACUGAUUGAGCAAAAACAUUUUUCUCAAAGGAUCUCUCUAGGAAGAAACUUGUCCAGAUAUUUGUUGUUUUGUUAUUUUUGCAUUAUCACACACAAACUCGUAUAUGGAGUUGUGUUUUUUUAAUGUAUUUAACUUCUCUCCCCCCUCUUUUGGAUCUUCUGGAGUCCACUCCUUUUUUGUCUUUUUUUUUUAUUUUUUCUGAAAGGACGCAGCGCUUGUGGAUUACUUUGAACAAGGACACUAUCUUAGAAGACUUAGAUUGUUGAGGCAUAGGCUGGAUAUGUAAUGGAGCUGACCAGCCUGUCCUCACCAACAAUGAAUUACUGUUGUUAACCCCCCCCCCAAAAAACAUGUGUGAUCAUCUGCCCUUGCAGUCCAUCCUGAAUUUUAACAGCCUCGUGGUUUUUUGUGGAGUGUAGAUGAUCACCAUCUCGGACUUCGGAGACGUCGGCCCUCCGUGACAAAUGGGAAAAGUUCAGUACAUGUCUACUGGACAUUUAUCACUUUUUAAGUCUUUGAAACAACCUGAUUUAAGAGGAACCAUUUUCUAUGGCUGGCCUGGUUAUAAAAGUGUUCAUCUUCAUUUCUGUUAUCUCUUGGUUGGUUGUUCAUGGGAUAACUCCCCUGCCCUUAACUCCCAGAGCAGAUUCUAUGUGUUAUUGAUUGUGUCCAUAGUCAGUUCCUUUAUUGAUGUGGCAUGCCAUGUAAAUAUGCAUUCUGGAGUGGGUGCAGGAAAAAUAAAGAGGCACUGUUUCAUAA